GAGGAAGUGACGCGACAGGACGUUUGAAAAAGUACACAACCAAGAUGGCGUCUCCCGGCGAGGCAGACGUGAAUGCUUCACACGUGGAGGGAAAGGGAAAGAAAAAGCCUCCAGCUCGUUACUGGCAGGAGCUUCCAGACAAAGAGAAAGGCGAAAACAAAGAUGAAGGACAAGUUGAGCAGCAGCAGGAGGAGAAGAAGAAGAAGGAGCAGCAGCAGACACAGAAAGCGAAGAAAAGAAAGCGAGAUGAGCGGCCGAGGGAUGGAAAGAGAGUCAUAUCGGGGAAAUCCGACCCUUUCCCCGGGCCCGUGCCUGUCCCGCAAGACAGAAUGCAAAAAUUCAAGAGGAACGACAAUAUUCGCAAGACCCAUCGGAAGCAUUACAAGCUGAAGGAAAUCAUCACUCGCUCAGCGGACGCUUCAGACAUGGCCCAGAAACAAGCCGCUCGGUUUGACAUCCUACUGCCAGAGGACGCGGGCUUUUUAGAAGGGGAUGAAGAUGAGGACACGUGUACGAUCUCACAGGAGGAUAUUGCGGAUGCCGUGGACAUUACAUCUGGAGCAAAGUAUUUUAAUCUGAAACUAUGUCAGUUUGGUCCAUAUCGUCUGGAUUACAGCAGGACUGGACGCCAUUUGCUGCUGGGUGGGAGGAGAGGCCAUGUGGCCUGUUUAGACUGGCAGUCCAAGCAGCUCAUGUGUGAGAUCAAUGUCAUGGAGUCUGUCAACGAUGUAAAGUGGCUCCACACCGAACACAUGUAUGCCGUGGCUCAGAAGAAGUGGCUCUACAUCUACGACUCCAACGGAAUAGAGUUGCACUGCAUUCGCAAGUUCAACGACGUCCUGCGAAUGCAGUUCCUCCCGUAUCACUUUCUCCUGGCCACAGCGAGUGCAACGGGCUUCCUGCAGUACCUGGACGUGUCUGUUGGGAAGGAGGUGGCAGCCAUCUGCACCAAGACCGGCCGGCUUGACGUGAUGUGCCAGAACCCUCACAAUGCCGUCGUCCACCUCGGCCACACCAACGGCACUGUCACGCUUUGGUCGCCCAAUCAGAAAGACGCCCUCGUAAAAAUGCUCUGUCACCAAGGUGGCGUUCGCUCGGUCGCUGUGGACAAGACUGGCACAUACAUGAUCACAUCUGGAAUGGAUAAAAAAAUGAAAGUCUUUGACGUCAGAGCUUUCAAACCCCUCAGAUCCUACUUCCUUCCUGCUGGAGCUUCAUGUUUGUCUCUGAGUCAGAGAGGACUGCUAUCUGCAGCCACAGGGGACGUUGUUCAGGUGUACAGGGAUGUGUGGAGCACGCCAGUCACUAAACCCUACAUGGCUCACCGAGUCCGGGGAUCGGUUUGGGGGCUGCACUUUUGUCCCUUUGAGGACGUCCUCGGAGUUGGGCACGGAGAGGGUUUCACCAGCAUGCUUGUACCAGGGGCUGGUGAGCCUAACUUCGAUGGCCUGGAUGCAAAUCCAUACCGCAGUGCAAAACAGAGGCAGGAGUGGGAGGUCAAGGCUUUGCUGGAGAAGAUUCAGCCAGAGCUCAUUACUCUGGACCCCACAGAGCUGGGUCAGAUUGAUCAAACUACCUUUGAGCAGAAGCAUCAAGUCAGAGUCGACGCUCUGGGCUUUGAUCCACUUGCCAAAGAGAAAUUUGUUCCAAAGUUUAAGAAAAAAGGUCGCAGUUCUGCUGGUGGUGUUGAAAGGCGCAAGAAGCAAGUGGCCCAUGAGGACCAGAGGGACGUUAUUAGGAAAACUGUGGAGGACAGAAGGAAAAUGGAGGAAGAGCGAAAGAAGAUGGAGGAGAAGAAAGGAGCUCUGUCCAGCAAAAAAUCUGCUCUGGAAAGGUUCAGAAAGUAGAAAAGGACUCUUUGUGCAACUCAAAAUGCAAUGACAUUCUGUGGGAGCAAUCUUUGACCUUCACAAUGGAAACUCCUUUUUUUUUUUGGUCUGCCGGGGCAACAUCAACAGCAGAGAUUCUUGUUCUGCGCAGCUUUGGGCUGGAAUCUGAUGGGAAACAGUCCAUGAAAUCGAUGUUGAGUGCACCGGUUGGUCCGGUCUACUUAUUGACUGUCGCCUAAAGCAGGUGCUGUUUAUGAUCAUUGGAUGGACCAUAGCUGGCAUUGGUUGUCACCUAGAUUUUUCUUUUUGUACUAAAAAAAAUUUCCAUACAUGUU